AAUCCUCUACGUUAGAGAAGAUGAGUGCUAUUGCAUUUGAAAGCACAACAGACAAAAAGACUAAAAGAAAGGAAAUACAAGAAGCCAGGGAUUAUUUAGUUGCCAAAGCUAAAAAGGAGUAUGAAAAAGAGCAAUGGAAAAAAGAACAAGCCAAAUUGAGAGGAGAGGAUACAUGGAUGCUCCCAGCAUUAAACGAGAGACUAGAAAGGGAACAAAAGGAAUUCAGUAAAAAGUCCAAGAAAGCAAAGAAAGAAAAGAAAAAGAAAAAGAAGCAUAAAAAAGAAAAAAAGAAAUCUGAAAGUGAAAGUUCAUCUGAUGAGGAUUCAGAUGAAACACCUGUUUGGGUUGUGAAGGAUGGUUCUGUUGCUAACACAAGUACAAGUGGGUCAUCAGAAAAUGUUGAAAAGGGAGUCAUUAAAGGACCUCAACUACAGAGAGACAGCUGGAUGGAAAGUCCUAUGGAUUUGAUUCCAACAAUAUCAAAAAAGGACAUCCUUGAACAGAAAAGAAAAGAAAAAGAGAAAGAAAAUGCUGAUAAGCCUAAUAUGUUGGAUACGCCUGGUCUACAUGAACUGGAACUUAACCCAUACUGGAAAGAUGGUGGCACCGGCUUACCGGAAAUGAAACCAAAAUCCAGUAUUUCUGUAGGUAUAGGGGAUGGAGGACUUAGUUGGAUGAAGAAAGCUUAUCAAAGAUGUGUAGAACAGGCUAAAGAAGAAGGAAGAACACUAGACGAUGUGGCUACUGAAAAAUAUGGUUCUCUAAAAAAGCUGGAGAAAAUGUUAUCUGAUGCAGAAAAGUCACACAAAAAGUUUAUGAAACAGCAAGAUGAAGGUAGAAAUGACAGGAAAUUUAGGAGACCCAAUGAUGAUAAUGAAGAUAACUCCCAAAGGCAGUAUACGUCCUCUAGAAGGGAAAGGAGUCUGUCAAGAGAAAGAUACAGAAGGCAUUCAAGGUCAAGAUCUAGGGAGGGAAGAAGAGACAGAUCAAACGACAGAGACAAAAGAUCAAGGUCAAAGGAAAGGACGAAAAGGUCACAGUCUCCUAAUGUUAAAAGACUUAAAAGGCCUUCUAGAUCAAGAUCAAGAUCACCUAAAAAUAGAAAGUUCAUGAAGCCUGGUAGGUCAAGGUCAAGAUCACCUAAUAGAAGACAGGAUUAUAGAAGUAGAUCUCCAUAUCAAAGUUAUUCAAGAAGAGAUAGGUCUAGGUCACCAAAACAGGAUAAAAGAAGGAGGUCAAGAUCACGUUCUCCUAAAUCUAAACAUGAUUUGGAGUCAAACAAAAAAUCUUUAUCAAGUAGAUUUAAAAGACCAGAAAGUGACAAUGAAGAAAGUGCUGAUAAAAAAUCAGAAAAUUCUAAAAAUAGAUUUGUAAGACCUGGUGGUUCAGAUGAUGAGAUGGAGAAAAGGAAUGACAGAAGAGACAGGUAUUCAUCUAAAAAGUCAGAAAUACCUGCAUGGAAGAAGAAGGAAUUUGUUAAAGUGGAGAAAUACAGAGAUGAAAAGAAAGAAGAAAGAAAAAGAAAGGAGCCAACACCACCAAGUACCAGUAGUAGCAGCAGUAGUAGUUCAUCAGAAGAAGAAGAGUCUGAAGAGGACACACCUAAAGCUCCCCCUGUAAAACUUCUUACAGAACAAGAAAUGAAUCAGCUGGGGGCGAAAAUUGUUAGAGCAGAGCUGAUGGGAGAUAUGGACCAAGCUACUAAACUAAAAGCAGAAUUAGAUCAAGCAAGAGAGUUAAAGGAAAGAAAUGUGACUGAGGCUCCAUCUGGUGACAGAAAUGAAGGUCAAGGUGAUGAAGAUAAUGUUGUUGUCCUUACAAGAACAGAUAAACGAGGACGUAUCAUGCCUUUACCUGAGAUGUUAACAGACGGUAAACCUAGUGGUAAACGAAGGAGAAAGAAACAAAAGGUUGAUACCCAUGGUGGAAUAGGAGAGAGAAAACAGUAUUUUGAUGAUGAUGACAAGUUUGAUUUGAAGAGUUUGGUUGAGAGAGAAAAGUUGGGUACAGCUGAAGAUGAUAGCAAGAUGUUUGCCAGACUGGCACAGAGGUCGAUAGAUAAAACAGAUGAUGACUACCAGAUUGAUGAUGUAUUCCUGGACAGAGCUGCUAAAAAACAAUCCAUAAAUAUAUCAGAGAUGAAAGAAAGAUCACAAGCUAUAUAUGAUCACAAGAAGAUGGCUGGAGCUUUAGAAAGAUGUCAUUUCUGCUUUGGAAAUGUGCCAAAACAUCUUAUUAUAGCUAUUGGAACAAAGUCGUACUUAAGUUUACCUAAUUACAAGUCAUUAACAGAAGGCCAUUGUUUGAUAGUUCCAAUGCAUCACUCGCCUUCUUGUACAGCUAUAGAUGAAGAUGUGUGGGAGGAAAUGCAGACAUUUAGAAAGACUUUAGUAAAGAUGUUUUUAGAAGAAGAUGAAGAUAUUGUAUUCAUGGAGACUAGUAUGAGAUUAAAGCAGCACCCUCAUAUGUUUAUAGAAUGUGUGCCUUUACCAAAAGAAACAGGUGAUAUGGCACCUAUAUAUUUUAAGAAAGCUAUUCAGGAAGCUGAAUAUGAAUGGUCUGAUAAUAAAAAGUUGGUGGAUCUUAGAGGGAGAAAUGUUCGAAAAGCAAUACCAAAAGGUUUCCCGUACUUCUGUGUAGACUUUGGAAAUGAAGGAGGAUUUGCCCAUGUUAUUGAAGAUGAACAAACAUUUCCUUAUUAUUUUGGAAGGGAAAUAUUAGGAGGGAUGUUAGAUGCUGAACCCCAGUUAUGGAGAAAACCCACAAAGGAAAACUUUGACGAUCAGAGAAAGAAAGUUUUACAGUUUGCUGAGAAAUGGAAACCAUAUGACUGGACACAAAAACUUUGUAAAGAUGAUGACGACUCAUAGCAAAUACAUUUAUUUCAUGAGAAAAAAAUAUAUUUAAUCAAUAAAUUCUUAGAA